UCAAUGAUAAUCUCAAAAAAUCAACAGUACUCAAAUAUAUCACCUGAGUUUGAAAAUAAUAAAAUCAUUCAAGAGUCAAUUGCUUUAAAAAAAGAACAAGCAAAAAAAUUAAAAGCAAUUGAAAAUGAUUAUCAAUUAAAUUUGAAAAAUAAACAGCAAGAAGUUAAAAUAUUAAAAAAAAUAAUUUUCGAAAAACUUAAUGAAUCAGGUUAUUUAUUCAAGAUAUUGAGAUCUAUUAUGAAAUUCAAUGAAGACAAUGUACCAGAAUAUUUAUUAGAAAGAAGACAAGGAUUAUUCGGACUUAAUUAUGAUGAAAAUCAGGCACUUGUAGUUGAUGAUUUAAGAAAACUAUUUGAUGACAUUGCUUCAACGUCUACCAGCCAAUUUUCUAAUAGAUAUUUUUGUAACAAAAAAAUAUCUUUUUAUAAUUCAACAAUUUGUGCAUUACUCAGUGAAGAUCCGGAUAAUUAUGAAAUUAAUCUUAGCUGGAAAAGAUUGAAUGUUCUUCCAAAAGAUAUAUUUGUUGGCUUUAAAAAUCUUCAGGUGCUUUAUUUGUCGUACAACCGAAUUCAUCAUCUUGAGUCAGGUAUUUUUAAUGAUUUAUCAAAUCUUCAAAGACUCAAUUUGGACUUGAACAAGCUAGCAGCAUUGCCAAGUGAUAUAUUCAAGGGUCUUGAAAAACUUGAAGAGAUAAAUUUGUCAUACAAUCAAUUAAAUUACCUUGAACCAGGUACCUUUAAUAAUUUAUCAAAUCUUCAAAGACUUAAUUUGGACUCCAACAAUUUACCAGCAUUAUCAAGUGAUAUAUUCAACGGUCUUGAAAAACUCAAAAUAUUAGACUUAAAGUUUAAUAAAUUAAAUUCCAUUCAAUCAGGUACUUUUAAUAAUUUAUUUAAUCUUCAGACACUUCAAUUGGACAUCAACAAUCUAACAGCAUUAUCGAGCGAUGUAUUUAAAGGUCUUGAAAAGCUUGAAGAAUUAGGCUUAUCAUACAAUCGAUUGAAUUAUCUGCAACCAGAUACUUUUAAUAACUUAUCAAAUCUUGAGAGACUUGAUUUGAACAACAACAAUCUAACAGCAUUAUCAAGCAAUAUAUUCAACGGUCUUGACAAACUCGAAGAUUUAAAUCUGUCAUGGAAUGAACUAAAUUCUCUUCAACCAGGUACCUUUAAUAAUUUAUCAAAUCUCAAGUAUUUUCGGAUACACGGAAAUCAUAUAACAUCAUUACCGAAAAAUAUAUUCGCUGGCCUUGAAAAUCUUCAAGUUCUCGGCUUGUCAAACAAUCGACUAAAUUAUCUUGAUUUAGAAAUUUUUAAUAAUUUACCAGCACUUUAUCGACUUGAUAUUCAGGGAAACAAUUUAACAACAGAUUUAUCAAAUAUAUUGGAAAAUAAAUUCAAGGUUUUUGAGUGUAAUUGUGAAAUUGAUAAAAUAGUUUUAGGCUCGAGUGAAAGCCAUUUACGAAUAAUUGCAUCGGAGGAAUUGCCAGAUGAUUUUGAUACAAUGAGUCUGUCAAAUGUAAUCCAAGGUCAGAUUUACCCACCAGCUCAUGCAGAAGUAUCAUCUAUAUUGGACAAAUUUUUUAUUGAUCUAAAAACUAAUUUGACUAAAUCUUGCAAAGUGAACCUUGAAUAUUAUAAAAAUGAUCUUAAAAGUAAAUUGGAUUAUCAAAUAAAACGUCAAGAAAAUAUUACCAACAAUUAUCAUGAUGGGGUCAAUACAUUAUCAUUAAGAAAUUUUGGACUUAAUGAAGAAUUGAAUGAAAUUCAAGAGGAAACAGUACAACUUAGAAAGAAUUAUUGGGAACUGAUGAGCAAAUACAAAAAAUGCAACGAGUCUCAUUCAACAGACAAACCAAAUGACUUAACGGGUGAAAAUGAAACUGCAAUCCAAGAGUUGACCCUUUUAAAAAGAAAUCAUAGACAAUUGCUUGCUAAGUAUUCAGAAAUGAAUACAAAAUAUAACAAAAGUUUAGCAACAUUAAAAACUUGUGAUAGUCGUCAAGAAGUUAAACUUUUGAGAGAAAUUAUUUUCGAAAUAAGUCAAAAAAAUCUUGCUGAAUCAGCUGAUUUAUUAAAGACAUUAAUAUCAAUUAUGAAAUUCAAUGAAGAUAAUGUACCUACUGAUUUAUUGGAAAAGAGACGACAAUUUUUCCAAACUAAAUAUAAUAAAAAUCGUGCAGUUGUUGUUGAUGAUUUGAGAAAACGUUUUGAUGAUAUUGCUUUAACGUCUAGCAGCCAAUAUUCCAAUAAAUAUUUUUGUAACAAAAAAAUAUCUUAUUAUGAUUCACCUGUUUGUGAAUUGGUCAGUGAAGAUCCAGAUAAUUAUCAAAUCAAUCUUAUUCACAAAAAUUUUGCUGUUCUUCCAAGAGAUAUAUUUACUGGUUUUAAUAACCUCAAAAAGCUCGAUUUGUCAGCAAACCGACUAUAUUAUCUUGAGUCAAGUACUUUUAAUAAUUUAUCAAAGCUUCAGAAACUUAAUUUGAAAUGGAACAACUUAACAGCAUUAUCGAGUGAUAUGUUCAAUGGUCUUAAAAAACUCGAAGAAUUAGACAUAUCAUAUAAUCAACUAAAUGCUCUUCAACCAGGUACCUUUAAUGAUUUAUCAAAUCUCAAAAGUCUUUGGUUAACCGAAAAUCAUCUAACAUCAUUACCAGAAGGUAUAUUAAAUGGUUUAAAAAAUCUUGAAAAUUUAAGUAUUGCAUCAAACCAACUAUAUUAUCUUGAGUCAAGUACUUUUAAUGGUUUAUCAAAUCUAAGACAAGUUUGGUUCUACAAGAAUCAUCUAACAUCAUUACCAAGAGAUAUAUUCACUGGUCUUGAAAAACUUAAUUACCUCGAUUUAGAUUCAAACCAACUGACUUAUCUUGAUUCAUAUAUUUUCAGUGAUUUACCAAAACUUACCAAGCUCUUUAUUAGCAACAAUAAUCUAACAAGAUAUUUGAAAACUGUAUUAAAAAAUAAGUAUAGUUUUGAGGUUUUUGAAUUGUGA